AUCUGCAAAAUGAAUGAUUUCGGAAAACGAGAAAACGAUUGGCACGAUAACGUCCAAGAUGAACAGAGGGAAAUGGAAAAUCGGAGUAAGAACCGGGAAACAGGAUCUGUGACUCUUAAACGAUUGGACAGCAUUCAAGAUCCAGGAAAAAGAUAUGCACUAAAGGAUCGCAUUGGUACCGGCAUUUACGGCGACGUUUACGAAGGAAUUGAUCACCAAGCUGGAAAUAAAAAAGUUGCCAUUAAGAUUCAAAAGCUCACGCCGGAAACGCAAUCUUUCAUUGUAGAGGAAUAUCGUAUUCUUCGUGAUUUCGCCGGUCAUCCAAAUCUGCCGGAUUUCUAUGGAAUAUAUCGCAAACGAUCAUCGAAGAAAUCCGAUUACGACGAAAUAUGGUUUGUCAUGGAGCUCUGCGAAGGUGGAACAAUCAUGGACCUCGUUCGUGGGAUAAUCGCAAGUAACAAAAGAAUACAAGAGGAACAUAUUGCCUUCAUUUUAAAAGAAGUGGUCAAGGCUCUAAUCCAUUUGCACGAACACAACGUAAUCCACAGAGACAUCCGUGGCAACAAUAUCGUUUUAACGAAAGAAGGCGAAGUGAAAUUAGUGGAUUUUGGGCUCUCGAGAACAAUGAAGAACGAACUUGAAAAAAGGCGCACUUACAUAGGUUCACCGUCUUGGAUGGCACCGGAAAUGGUUGGCAGCAAAGAUAGCGGAGUCGACGGUGGAUAUGACAGCCGAGUCGACGUAUGGGCGAUCGGCAUUACGGCAAUAGAAGUGGCCGACGGCAAAGCACCGUUCGAGGACAUGCAUCCGACUCGUGCGCUCUUCCAGAUCGUCCGGAAUCCGCCGCCGACUCUCUACCGACCUGCCAAUUGGUCAAAAAAUUUCAAUGAUUUCAUUUCUGAGUGCCUCGAAAAGAACCCUGAGAACAGACCAUACAUGAUGGAGAUCAUCGAGCAUCCCUUUCUAUCGGAGCUACCCGAAAACGAUUAUCCUUUGACACAAGAAAUAAAAGCACUGACGAUGGAUCUCUCGGAGAAGGGCAGGAAACAAAGAAAAACCGAAUCAAUAGUUCAUCAAGGUUUUUUGAAGACUCAUCAGGAUAAACCAUCGGAACAAAUGCUUACGGAGGACUUAGCAGCGCUGGAUACUUUGACUGAGGAUGUGAUCUUGGAUGAACUUCGUGAUAGACUGCGGCGAGGUGAAUAUCACACGUUUAUUGGCGACAUUUUAUUGAUAUUCAACCCAAACGAGGAAAACGAUAUUUACGGUGUUCACCAUCACGCAAAAUACCAAUGCAAAUCGCGAUCAGAUAACGCUCCUCACAUCUAUUCCGUAGCGGAUAGCGCAUUUCAAGAUGUUAUGCUCAACGAAGAACCGCAACACAUUUUGCUGGCCGGUGAAAGUAAUUCCGGGAAAACGACGAAUAUGCUGCAUUUAAUGGAACACCUUAUAUUCCUCGGAAAAGGUCUGCACAAUACCGGAGCAAGAGUACUGCAAGCUAUAAAAAUUAUUCAUGCUUUUACGAAUGCGGGGACACCACUGAAUGCUAAUUCUACCAGAUGCAUUUUGCAAACUCAGUUGACUUUCGGGUCAACCGGCAAAGCAUCGGGGGCGAUAUUCUGGUUAUAUCAGCUUGAAAAAUGGCGCGUUUCGACUCGCGAUAGAAAUCAAUCAAACUUCCAUGUUUUUUACUACUUUUAUGACGGUCUCGAAGCAUCAGAAAAUUUAAAACCAUAUUUCUUACUAAAUGGAAGAAAACUUCGAUAUCUCAAAAUAACCGACAAGAAUACUGAAAAGAAACGAGCGUUCAAAGUGAGAAAUGAUCCGCAAAACAACGUGGUUAAAUUUAAAGAACUUACGGAAUGUUUUAAAUUCAUGGAUAUGGAAGAGUAUUGCGAGACUAUUUGGAAAAUCCUUGCAGCGAUUCUGAUAUUCGGGGAGAUUCGAUUUGUUGAAGGCAAUAAUGGAGAGGCCGAGUUGGACGAUAACGAAAUUGCUAACAGAGUAGCGGAACUUCUUGGUUUAGACUCAAAGAAAUUUAUUUGGGCUCUCAUUAAUUAUUGCUUAGUCGUAAAGGGAUCAGCAGUACGUAAGAAACAUACUUGCGAAGAAGCAAAAGAGGCACGAGAUGUCUUGGCGAACACUCUUUAUCAGCGUUUAGUAGACUGGAUAAUCAACAUCAUCAAUUAUAAACUUUCAAUGACUCGUAGCCUUUAUGGUGAUAAAUAUUCUAUCAGCAUCCUUGAUCACUUUGGAUUCGAAUGUUUCUCAAUAAAUCGGUUGGAACAAUUACUAGUGAAUACGAUAAACGAGCAAAUGCAAUAUUAUUAUAAUCAAAGAGUAUUCGCCUGGGAAAUGCAAGAAGAGGAAGAGGAGGAUAUACCCAUUCAACGAUUACGCUUUUACGAUAACAAGGAAGCAGUUGAUCAACUGAUGAACAAAGGAGAUGGUCUUUUUCAUAUUAUCGAUGAUGCUUCGCGGCAAAUGCAAGACGCUCAGUACAUUCUUGAGAGGAUUAAAGAACAUAAACAUAGCACUCACAUAAAAUCGGUGAGUUCACACGAGUUCAUAGUCGCACAUUAUACUGGUAAGCUGAUAUAUGAUGCCAGCGAAAUUGCCACGAAAAAUCGAGACUUCGUACCGCCAGAGGUGAUCAACACGAUGAGAUACUCUUCACACGAUGCAGUCAAAGAGAUGUUCACCAACAAGCUAACCAAGUCGGGGAACCUAACAAUUGUUCACGAACAUUGUCUCGCGGCGAAGAAAACAAUGAAAACAAAAUGGAGUACCCUUAUGCAGGAAUCUUCUAUGUUUCGAAAAUAUAACACUGCGUCCAGAGGACAGUACUCGCAGACACGAGAAAUGCGAACGUGCUCGUCAACGUUUAGAGCAACAAGUCUUGAAAUUCUGAAAAAUCUCGCGAUAGGCGCGGGAAACGGUGGCACGCAUUUUGUAAGAUGCAUACGUUCCGAUCUUGAGGAUGCUCCUCGUAGCUUUUACCGGGAAAUCGUCAGACAGCAAAUUAGAGCGUUAGCAGUUCUUGAUACAGCGAAAGCCAAACGACGCGGAUAUCCGUGUAGGAUACCUUUUCAAGAAUUUCUUCGAAGAUACAAGUUUUUAGCCUUCGAUUUUGACGAAACAGUAGAGAUGACGAAAGACAACUGCAGACUACUUUUGAUCAGAUUAAAAAUGGAAGGAUGGAUUAUUGGCAAAAGUAAAGUCUUUUUAAAGUACUACAAUGAGGAAUACCUAUCCCAUUUAUACGAGACCCAAGUGAGAAAAAUCAUAAAAAUACAGUGCAUGAUGCGUGCUUUUCUAGCACGCAAAAAUAUCGCUUUGAAAAUCAACGAUAUCAAAAAGGAAAUUGUGAGGAAAGCGUCAAUCAAGAGAAACUCUUUUACUGAAGAAGAAGCGGCUUUGAUGAUACAGAAAACAUUCAGAGGGCAUAUAGCAAGAAAAGAAAUGGGACCCUUAUUGAAGGAAGAGAUGAGCCAAGAGACGAAGGAUUUCAUCAAGUUCUAUUGCAGCAAAUGGAGAUCGAAAAGCAUAUUUCAAGUCCUCCUAUGGUACCGUGCAGCCCGCUAUCAAGAUUUCGUACAAUUAUCGCAACAGGUUCAUCUAUAUAAUCAAUCGAUUAUGGCAGCUUUGAAGAAAUUAAAUAAAAAUGUAUCUCUUGAAAAAGUCGAUCCAAGUGCCAAAAUAGAUGCCUACAUAAGUCAGGUGAAACCACCCGAAGUAUAUAAACUACCUUUCAAUAUACAACAAGAACUCCCGUAUUUCGAUAUGAAUUACAUAAAUGAUCCUUCAAAUAUAAAUAUUAAACGAGGAUCUAUAUCAUCUACAUUAAACGAUGAUGAACAGGAAUCCUGGGAUGCGCCAUUACGUAGACAAACCGUGCCCUGGGCCAAUAAAAAUAUUCACACCAGAGAUAUUGAAGUUCAAACAACAAACUCACCACAUCGCAUGCCUUUUCAUCGUUCAUCUGUCAACAGUGAGCAAAGUUUAAUCAACACUCCAUUCACCAGGGAUCCGAAUGUUCCUAUUCAGUGUCCACCCGAAGAGCCACCUCGCCGUAGUAUUUCUAGUUUUCAACGUGCGAAUAAACACGGUUCCAUUCAAUCUUCCGAAUCUUAUACUCCUUACUCCAACAUCUAUAAAGCUGAAUUAGUACACUCUAAGAAGAAAGUACCAUUGCCAUCAGUACCACUAAAUCGAACACAAACAUCGACAAUGCGCAAUUUCAACAACUAUGAGUCAGAUAUUCAAAACAAAAAUGGCAAUACGGAGUUUGAAAACAAAAUUAAUCGCAAUGUUAACAAUGAUAUUCGAAUAAAUCCUAUCAAAGAAUUAGAAAUGAUCGGACGCAAGAACAACAAUGAUGAAAACGAUGAUGCACCUCCAUUCAACUUUCAAGCGAUGCUGCGGAAAACAUCUCAUCAACGUGCUUCGAUGAAACGUAAUCCUGUAUAUGAGAGUGUCACAUCACCAGAAUCGCCAAAAUCAUCAAAAUUUCAUCAUAGCGACUUAGACGAAUCGAAUACUGCCUUCAAAAGCGACGAUAGUCACAAAGAUUCGCCAGAAUGGAGUCCAAACGAAAUGAUCCUAAUGUCAGAAAAGUAUGCGAAAGAGAACGCAUGGAAUGAAGAAAACGCCAAAGAUAGUGUUACUACAGAGAUAGCACCAGGCAUUACUGUCAAAGGCUACGUUGCUGACCUAUAAACAAAUAGAGAUCAGAGUUACAUCAAAAUCAUUAAUUACAUUUAUAUGUUUCAUAAAAUUCUAUCUUUCUC